AAGCUUUUUCACCGGGUUUUAUAUUUUUGUUGUUUAUUACGCUAUAUAGUAGUGAUAAUUUUUGCAUAGUUUAAUAACUGUUAUUAUAUUCAUUACUUCUCAUAAAGUUCGGUAAAAGUUCAUUGAUAUUUUUCCAGUUCGUGGCUCGCACUCUUUCAAAGCGAACUGUCUGAAUUGUUACUAAUUAUGUCAUAGGCAUUAAAGUGUUGAUGCAUCAUGUGAAAAAAUGACAGCACCUUCGAUGUUGUGUAGUAGCGACGUGACUGUCACGUGUGUUUCUUUGCUGCAUUGCAAGCGAAGAUUGUCAACAAUAUCUCCGCAGUGAUUUGAUUCGUUUAUAUAUAUUGUUAUACAAAUUCUACGCGCAUCAUGUGAAUUAACAGUGAUUUGGAUGAGUGAUAAACAAGGAGUGAAUUAAGUUUAGUCAAAUCAAGCUAAAAGUGUAGUGUUAAACUAAAAGUGUGUUUUGUCAUAAAAGUUUAACUUUUAAAAAGUGCAAUGAUCGUCAGUUGACCGGUGACAGAUGUUUUGUAUACAUAGUGUGACGUACUAUAGUCCACCCUGAAAUUAGUUUGAGCAACUCGAGCAAGUCAAGUGAUCACAAAAAUACACUAGUGCAACAGUAGUGUUAAAAUAAGCAGGAAAGCGGUGGAGAGUGGGUGUAUCGUAGGUCGACGAGUGUUCGACCUAGCGUCUCCGGAGGACAUCGGCCGCUGCUGCGGCCACAAAUAGAGACUUUGAUUGAGGGCCUCAGUGCCACCCCGGCCACCGAAAUUCUUUCAACCCUGUCCUGCAGCGGAGGCGCGAGCCAAGGCGGAAGUGUGUACGGCUCAAGCCUCGUGUUUGGCGAGACGGGUGGCGCGGUGGAGGGGGGUGUGAUGCCGGUGCGGGUGGCGCAGCGCCCUUCAGGAGGACUGCUGCACGGCGGUGUGCCGGUUGCGCCUAACAGCGUUGUCGGCGGGGGUCCAGGGGGUCCUGUCGGGCCGGGAGGCCGUUGCGGCCUCGGUGGACCUGCAUCGACUGGCUCGCCACCUUUAUCAACCACGUUGGGACUAGGUCCCGGUGGCCCAGGACCGAACGUCUCGAUGCCUGGUUCCGUUGGCGGAGUACAGCAACCGCCCGGAAUUUCAUCGGGAGCUCAAGGUCCUGGUCCAGUUGGUCAACCUGGCCCCGGUGGGCCUGUUAAUAACGCACCCAACCCCCUUCAAGCUAUGGCUUCCGCGGCUGCCUCGCUCGGGCAGCUUAAUAAUAUGGCUAAUGGUCCUUUACCGCCGAUGGGUGGAGGACCUCAAGGACCACCAAAUUUACCACCUCCACAACCAGCUACGACUCCUACACACGGGGGACCUGCAACCCCUCACCAACCCGGUAGCGUUCCCGGGCCCCAUCUUAAUGGAGCAUCACCUAGUCCACAUCCGAUGUCACAUGGGAUGAUGAGCAGUUCGCCGCAUCCGGCACAUCCCCAUAUGACCGGCAGUGGUCCUUCACCACACCCACAUCAUCCGGGGCCUGGUCCAAUGAUGGGUUCACCGCAUCAUCCAGGUCCACAUAUGGGACCAGGACCAAUGAUGGGCCCGGGUCCUGGAAUGCCACCCCAAGGUGGACCAGGAAUGUGUGGCCCUGGAGGACCUGUAAAUCCGAUGGGUGCUCAUGCACCUCAUCCUCAAGGGCCAGGAGCCAUGCCUGGACAACCGCACAUGCACAAUGAUCCAUUCUAUUGUCCUCCUUUUGGAUCACAAUACAUGAGAUCUUCAAUGCCUGUCCCCAGGAGGCCCACGCCAUACUAUGGACAACCAGACUACAGAUUUUACGAACUCAACAAGAGGCUUCAGCAACGAGCAGACGAUUGCGAUAACCUAUGGUGGGAUUCGUUUGCUAACGAGUUUUUCGAAGAUGACGCGACGCUCACACUCACAUUCUGCCUCGAGGAUGGACCCAAACGAUACACGAUAGGAAGGACGUUGAUACCCAGGUACUUCCGGUCGAUAUUCGAGGGCGGCGUGACGGAGCUCUACUACACUUUGAAACACCCGAAGGAAUCGUUUCACAACACAAGUAUCACGCUCGACUGUGAUCAGUGCACUAUGGUCACUCACCAUGGCAAACCAGCCUUCACGAAGGAUUUAAUUGCGCAGGUGUGUACGGAGGGUAGGCUAAUACUGGAGUUCACGUUUGACGACCUCAUGAGGAUAAAGUCGUGGCAUUUUGCGGUGAGGCAGCAUCGAGAACUCGUGCCGAGAGCAGUUGUCACCAUGUCUCAGGACCCUUCGACUCUUGAACAGUUAUCCAAAAACAUCACUAGGCAAGGAAUCACGAAUUCUACGCUCAAUUACCUUAGGUUAUGUGUGAUACUGGAGCCAAUGCAGGAGCUGAUGUCGAGGCACAAGGCAUACGCGCUAUCGCCCCGGGAUUGCUUGAAAACGACUCUGUUCCAGAAGUGGCAAAGGAUGGUUGCCCCGCCGGGUAAGAGAGAGUCUCAAAGACCCGCUAACAAAAGAAGAAAGAGAAAAGGAAGUGCGUCUGGACCAGGAAGCAAUGCACCUCCAGCACCGAGUAAAAAAAGAUCGCCAGGACCUAACUUUUCCUUAACUACCCAGGAUGUUAUGGUCGUGGGUGAACCUUCCUUGAUGGGUGGCGAAUUCGGGGAUGAGGACGAAAGACUGAUAACGAGGCUAGAGAACACACAAUAUGAUGCCUCAAACAGUUUAGAUCCGCACAGUCAUGAAUCAACAGGAGGACCACCACCGCAUCCGCAUCAAUUUCAUUCGGAACCACAGCCAGGAAAUUCUUGGCCUCCAGACAGAGGUCCAGGACCUCCGCAAGGCGGGCCUGGUAGCCAGGGGGUACCAGGAGGCCAGGGCGGUGCUGGAGCUGGCGUUCAAGGUCCACAAGACGCCAACCAGCAACAGCAAGACAAGAAGAGCCCCGCAGUGAGCCAGUGAGGCCAGGAGUCCCCGCGCCCCCCUACCAGGGGGCGACGGGGGCGCAGGCCCAAGAAUGUGGCUCCCUAGCGGGGCGAGAAUUCUCAACUCCCCUCAGCCGCUUACCUUGCCGGCGCCUCAGCAGCCACCGCCUCUUUACCCUCGACAGCGGCUCGUUAUUCUCAAAUUGGAACCCUGCCUUUGCCUCCAAAUGCCCACCAAGUAUCCAUGGACUCGAUACAACAGCAGGGCAAUUUGAGUCAACUGUUGCAACAAGGCCAACAAGCUCUCGGUUCUACUCCAACUAACUCAGGACAAACUCCACUCCAGAGUAUAUUGCAACAAGUAUUCUAUCUUCAGCAAAUUGAAUAUUUGCUUACUCAACAUGGUCAUAUCUGAGAAGCUUAUUAGUGCAUCAAAAACCGAGGAGCAUUUACCAACUCAAUGUGCUAAUUUAUUGGUUGACUAUUCUUUGUAUGAUAAUAUUUUUGUCCAAGGUCAGAGCAUGGUUGUUUAAAAGACAUUUUUUUAUAUCUAAAAUAGUUAAUAUUUUCACUAAGACAUUGUAAAUAUCUUUUUCAAAUGAACUGUAUCAUUGCGGAUUUUAGUUAAUAUGAGUUGGUAAAUGAUUAGUCUUUCGCUGCAUAAGUACAAUUCUUAUUAUUUUGAGAAGAUUCAUCAAUUUUGUGCAUCUUAAUUAAUUGAGAACAAAGAGAGACGGUUAACUCAUAAGUUUCGUUUAGUGCAUAAAAAUGAACAUUCAGCGUGUGAUAUAUAAUAUGUGUACUUGUGACGUGGGUUUAAGGGAAAUAUACAUAUAGAUUAUUCAUGCAAGAAGAAAAUAUUGAUGGAAGUGAAAAACGUAGAUGUGAAAAAAAUUAACGAGAAAACUCAAUUUUAAGAUGCAGAAGUGUGACUAUACUUGUAAACGAAAUAUACAAAUCAUAGAAGAGCAUUGAAGAUUUUCCACAUUAAGAAGAAGUAUUGUCAUACGUGGCAAAUAAACUUUCAUCCGUAAAUUUUGACGCGGAACUGUGAAUGAAUCUCUAUCCGUCAACAGUAUUGAUAUGAUAAUAGUAUAAAGAAUUAUAAUAAUGUAAGAAGAACGUAGUAUAUAAUAAUGCGCAGAAGAAUGUCAGUGGGGAUUUUAAAUUUUAAUAAAGCAAGAGUGUCGGUUAAAGAGAAAAAAUUUUGCAUGCAAAACGUGUAAAUCUGUACCCUCAGAAAUUUCGAAUGAGGAAGGAUUUAAUUUUAACGUAAUUCUAUAUCUAAAACAUUAAAAUAAACACUGUUGAUUUUACAUGAAUUUUUAAUCUAAAUGUAGUCUGUAACUAAUCAUAGUAAUAAUGAUUUUGAAUUUAUCAAAACAUUUUUAUUUUCUACGAUAAAAUCAUGAUCAAAAUGCAAAAAUCAUAUCAAUAUAUCAAAUGGUUUAUUUCACUUUUAUAAAUGAGUUGACUAAUAAAUUAAUAAUCAAAUACUAUCUUUCAUGUCGACUGUAAAAUACACGAUGAGUUUUUGAAAUGAUCAUUUGCAUUGUUACUUUGUAAAACAAAGAAACCUUAGAUUGUUUCAAAAAUACAUCGUGUUACCUUGAAGUGAAAGUAUAGUAAUAAAGAAAUUUUAAGUUCUUUUUUAUAAAAAUUUUUUAAAGUUGUCAUUAUGCCAUUUGGAAAUGAAUAUAGUUCCUUGUUGUUUUUAAGUUAAGUAUGGUAAAUAUAUGUUUCUUGCUAUA